GGGAGGAGUCGGGUCCACUGCCGGGUGGAGGGGCAAGGCGAGUGUCCUUAUCCUAGCAAGUGGGGCUCGGGCCUGCGUGCCAGUUGGAGUCGCGGCGGCGGGAACGAUUGGGCCGAGCGGAGGAAGACAUGUUGCUCUUCGUGGAGCAGGUAACAUCUAAAGGAACUGGUUUAAAUCCUAAUGCCAAAGUAUGGCAAGAAAUUCCUCCUGGAACUCCUGAUGCCACUACUGUAGCUCAUGGAACUGAAAGCUCUUGGCAUGAAACAGCAGCCACAUCAGGGUCUCAUCCUGAAGGAAAUGCUGAGCUUUCAGAAGAUAUGUGUAAGGAAUAUGAAGUAAUGUAUUCUCCAUCUUGUGAAACCACAAGAAACACUACAGGCAUUGAAGAAUCAACUGAUGGAAUGAUAUUAGGACCUGAAGAGCUGAGUUACCAAAUAUAUGAUGUUUCUGGAGAAAGCAGUUCAACAAUUUCUACAGAAGACCUAAAAGAAUGUCUAAAGAAACAAUUAGAAUUCUGUUUUUCACGAGAAAACUUGUCAAAGGAUCUUUAUUUGAUAUCUCAGAUGGAUAGUGAUCAGUUCGUCCCAAUUUGGACAAUUGCCAACAUGGAAGAGAUUAUUGAUGAGAAGGGUGAGAAGGUGAGACCAAGUCAUAAACGUUGUAUUGUCAUUCUCAGAGAGAUUCCUGAAACAACACCAGUAGAGGAAGUGAAAGCUUUGUUUAAAAGUGAAAACUGCCCCAAAGUGAUAAGCUGUGAGUUUGCACAUAAUAGCAACUGGUAUAUCACUUUUCAAUUUCUUGUUAAUAAAGCUGCAAGGAUAAAAGCCAUCAAUACUUUUUUUGCUAAGAAUGGUUAUCGAUUAAUGGAUUCUAGUAUGUAUAGUCAACCAAUUCAAACUCAAGCACAGUAUGCCUCACCAGUCUUUAUGCAGCCUGUAUAUAAUCCUCAUCAACAGUACUCAGUCUAUAGUAUUGUGCCUCAGUCUUGGUCUCCAAGUCCUGCACCUUACUUUGAAACGCCACUGGCUCCCUUUCCCAAUGGUAGUUUUGUGAAUGGCUUUAAUUCACCAGGAUCUUAUAAAACAAAUGCUGCUGCUAUGAAUGUUGGUCGACCAUUCCAAAAAAAUCGUGUGAAGCCUCAUUUUAGGUCAUCCAGUGGUUCAGAACAUUCAACAGAGGGCUCUGUGUCAUUGGGGGAUGGACCAUUGAACAGAUCUAGUUCAAGGAACUUUCCACCCGAACGGCAUAACCCUACAGUAAUAGGGCAUCAGGAGCAAACUCACCUUCCCAAGGAGACUCCUGUUUUACAGAUGGAACAGAAUGGGGACUAUGGUAGGGGCAGGAGAACUGUUUUCAGAGGUCGAAGACGACGAGAAGAUGACAGAAUCCCAAGACCCCAUCCUUCAACAGCUGAAACAAAGGCUCCAACACCAAAGUUUGACUUACUAGCUUCAAAUUUUCCUCCAUUACCUGGAAGUUCAUCAAGAAUGCCAGGUGAACUUGUUUUGGAGAAUAGAAUGUCUGAUGUUGUUAAAGGUGUCUACAAAGAAAAGGUAAUCACUGAAGAAUCAAUCACAACUCAGAAAGAAAAGGAUCCAAUAGAGGAAUCCACUGUUCAGAAGGAUGUUCUCAAUCAGAUGACUAUACCAGUUUCUUCCCCAAGCACUGCAAAGACACCACGGGCAAAUACUGCUUCACCAAGUAAUAGUAACACAAAUGCAUCCGGAGCUGUGACCAUACAGGAACCUCGAAAGUUAAGUUAUGCCGAAGUAUGCCAGAAGCCCCCUAAAGAGCCAGUUCCAGUUCUUGUGCAGCCACUACGGGAACUUCGCUCCAAUGUUGUGUCUCCCACCAAAAAUGAAGAGACUGGAGCUCCUGAGAAGUGA